GCAGUGAUGCAGUAAUGGAAUGCGAUUCAAAGCCCUAGGGCCCCAAGCGUCAGACUCUCCAUCACUUCACAGGUUCGCGGCAUCUUCACCAUGGGCCUCUUCAGCAGCAGCAAGAAGAAACAGCAGUCCCAGUCUUCGUCACACCCCCAACCUCAACAUAUUCAACAUAUUGUGAAGCCGCAACCACCUAAUUGUCACGCUAAUCCGCCUCCAAAUCCUCUCCCAGCUGCUGGUUUUUUACCACCGCCGGCUCCUCCCUAUGGCUGGAAUCAUUCCCGACCCGGUGGUCCACCCUCUCACAUUCCUCAUCAUAGCCAAGACUCAAGAUAUUAUCCCCCAAUCAUCGUGAAUCAACAUUAUUACUUGAGCCCUCCCCUUCCCCCUCGUCCCUCCAAUGUGUACCCAAGUGGCGCCGGAAGCGGCUCUCUGAGCAAGCUGAAUUUGGGCUCUACUGCAGACCUAAUCCAACUACCUACAAAUGUCAUCAACCAGAUUGUCGAUGAUGGACUGCCAAGAUGGCAUGCAUAUGGCACUCAACUCAUCAACCAAGGGGCCGCUUUAUAUGACCAGAUAUCAUCCAAAUUCGAUGAUGUGAUGACUUUGAUCGAUCGUGACAAGUUCUCAGGAAACGAGAAGGACUUGUUUAUCUACCAGCAACCUGACCAUGCGACAUCGCCGCCACCACCUGAUGCGAGACAUCGUUCAGCCAACCCAAAGGGCGGACAUGGUAAGAAAAAUAAAGAUCUGCCAAAGGGUCAAGCCAGCACGGCUGUCGCAUCAGCAAUAACAGGGGUCUAUUUCACAAAGGUAGAUCUGUACGCAAACUCACGAUUGCCUCUAGAUCUACCAGCUUUCCGAGCUGUGGUGACAACUUAUCCUCUCCUAUGCCUGGCUGCACAGUAUUCAGAAAGAGUUUACCAGAAGCCUCAGGGGCCAGAACGAGAUGCCUUCGUUGAGGCAGACUGGAGAACGGGCACCAAAAGCCAUGUCAUUAAAUCCGUUCCUAUGGAUCACAUGGGUACCAUUGUCUUUGCUAUACGGGGCACUGCAACUUUCAUGGACUGGGCUGUAAAUCUGAACACGGCACCCACGGCGCCGACAGGGUUCCUGGACGAUACGAGGAAUUUCUGUCAUGCAGGCUUCCUAUCAGUCGCGAAGAAGAUGAUUGCACCUGUGGCUUCAAGAUUACGCCAAAUCCUCGAAGAGGAUCCAGGACGAUGUGCCCAUUCCCUUCUUAUCACAGGUCACUCCGCAGGCGGAGCCAUCGCAUCACUACUCUAUAUGCACAUGCUGGCGACAUCAAAGGCUGCUUCAUCUGAGCUCAACCUGCUCACAGGGUGCUUCAAGAGAAUACACUGUGUCACGUUUGGGGCGCCCCCGGUAUCCUUGUUCCCCUUACAGACACCACAUAGGCCUGAACUCAAGAAGUCGCUAUUUUAUAGUUUCAUUAAUGAAGGGGACCCUGUAACGAGAGCAGAUAAGGCAUAUGUCAAAAAUCUGCUCGAAUUAUUCGCCGCACCCGCUCCAACGUUGUCUACACCAACGGCACUGUCCAGCCCUGCUCUAAUCACUCCCGCGAAGCCCAGUAAGACGCCAGGAAAGAAGUCAAAAUCGAGCUCAUCGUCCAAAACUUCAAAGUCUUCAUUGAUGGCUAAUCAGUCGUCAACGUCGAUAUCGUCACCAGCUAAGAACCCUCCAGCACAGGGGCCGAUAUGGCGGGUGCCGCCGAGCACGCUGAGCAACGCAGGGAGGAUCGUGGUGCUCAGAUCCGGCAACCCCCACUCCAAGAUCAAGCGCACGAAGACGGUUGAAGAGCGUAUACGCGAAGGGGUCGUUGCGCACGUCGCGAGCGACGAGAAGCUUCGCAGCGUCAUAUGGGGCGACCCUGUCUGUCAUGUCAUGAAGCUGUACGCGGCGCGAAUCGAAGCUCUCGCCGUGAUGGCAGUUACUGCCAAGGACCUGUGAUUCUUCCCACGUACACUUUUUGGUGUAUAAAUACUGUACGAUUCAUGACUUAUGACUAGCAUGGCGCGGAAGGGAUUGUUUCUUAAAGGGAUUUCUUUGAUGAUACCAUAUAGCUUGCUUCUUUCUCUCAUCUUACUUCCGGUGGGUAUAUGGAGACUGUGUUUCGGAUGUAAUGGCCUGCUCU